CCUUCGCAGCAUACUUUCUCUGCAGUUCCGGCUGAGAUGCCGUUCGCGACGUGUCGUGCAUUCCGCUGCUGUCACGUGCUGGCCGAGGUUUUCGUUGCAGCCGUCGUGGUGAUUCUGCCGCCGUGACGCCACAUCAUGAUGGCGUAACUGUCGCCUGUUCCACCUGCGGCGCAGUCUUCGAUGCCACCCCUCGGCAUUGUCCCACCACGUGGACACAGCCGUCGUCGCACGCCUUGUCUUAAGUGGAGGAGCCAUGGAAGAAGGAGAAGAGCGCAGAGGGACUCUGGUAGACGACAUGGUGGCGCUAAUGUCGUCCGGGCAUGCUGCUGACGUCACCAUCAUGGUGGACGGCUUCUGGCUGCCCGCACACAGAGCUGUGCUGACGGCGCGCAGCACUGUGUUCGCCGCCAUUUUCCGAGAGCAGGUGCUGGAAGUUACUGGCGGCAGCAUCACUGCCAUCGACAUGAGCCACGAGGUGCUGGGGCAGCUCCUGCAGUUCAUGUACAGCGACGAAGCGCCCCUGCUGGAGUGUGUCGCCGCAGAGCUGCUCGCAGUUGCCGACAAAUACUGCGUGUCUCUGCUGAAGCAGCAGUGCGAGCAGCAGAUGAUUUUUGGACUGACCGUGGAUAAUGCUGCAGACAGCGCCGUCCUCGCCUUUGAACAUAUGUGCCCAAAGCUGAAGGCGGCGGCCAUCAACUUCAUCAGUUCGCACUACAAAGAAGUUAUGGCUACAGAGGGAUGGACGAACGCACUGCGGCACCACACUGAAGUCAGUGUGGAGAUCUGUCGUCUGCUGGGGGAUGCUAAAACUCUAGAGGCAGAAUGCGAGACUGAAGAACCAGCAGAGGGGGAAGACGCCAAGGGCAGGCUGGCGGGCGACCUGCUGGCUCUGCUGGCGUCUGGCGUGUGCAGCGACGUCACGCUGAUGGUGGGCGGGGUCGCGCUGGCAGCUCACAGGGCGGUGUUGGCGGCUCGCAGCCCCGUGCUCGCCGAGAAGCUCACCGACCUCCCGGGCGGCAUCCUGCACGUGGCCGGGGCGCCGGAACAGGAGGUGCGCCGGGCGCUGCGCUACAUGUACAGCGACCAGCUGCCGCCCCCGGCGAGCAUCACAGUCGACCUCUUGGCACUCGCCGACGACUACGGGCUGCGUGUUCUGAAGGAGUACUGCGAAAAGCACUUGGCAGACGAAAUCACUGUCGACAAUGCAGUGUCCGUCGCCAUCGUCGCCAUGAAACACUCCUUCACCUCGUUAAAGGACGCCAGUCUCGAUUUCAUCGGGGACAACAUCUUCGAGGUGAUGGACACGGCCGGUUGGGCUACAGCGAUACACAGUGAGCCGGAGGCUCUCGUGGAAAUAAGCAAAAUCGUGUCAGCGGCACAAAGAUUACAGCUGGAAAGUUGUGGAGAAGAUAGUAGUGAAGACUGAGAUACAAAGGAAGUAUGGCGUUUUGCUGGUAGGUGCACUCCACAGCUAGGGCCAGUAUCAACCUAGAAUGGGCAGCUUCAACAAACAGAAGUAGUCCAAGGGGAUAGCCAUCAGGCUGAUGCAUCAGGACAUGCAGAAAGUCUUUGGAAUCACCUGGCAGAGGACAGAUUAAGAACACACUAGCUGGGAACAACCGAUGAAAAUGUACCUCGACAUGUGAUCUGAAGAGACCUUAUCAUUUGUAGGAGAAAUGGCUGCUGAUCAUUAUGAGAAAUCGCCAUUAUCAAUAUGACAUCCAUUGUUGAGUGAAGGACUCUACCUGAGUUACCUACGUUUUCCGAUUUUCAACUGUAUGUUUCCAUUAGAUCAUUGCCUUGGUCUUUUGAUGUCUUUUGGAAUAAAUAUAAUUUCCUUGUUUUAUCUGUCAUCCAUCACACAUAUUCGAUUGUUAGUAGUAAAAAUUCAAUUUAUUGAACCAAAAGUACGUUACUGUUCAUUUACUUUCUGCAUAGCUUGUCACUGCCUUCAACUGAGAUAAAAACAAAAACUUAUCAACUGAUUGAAUGAAAUCAUUUUUAGUUUAUACAAAUUUAUGAUUGAAGUUCUAGUUGUAGAAUAUUCUAGUAUAAUAAUAAAAUUUCUAUUCAUCCUUCAAUUCAGUUAAGCUUAGCUGUUGAUUGUUGAAACAGACAUGCAUUCAAAGCAAACAAUAUAAUAUGCUCCACAAGCUGUAGGUUGUUCCAGCAAUUAUCAGUAAAUUCUAAUUCCUCUUUUCCAUCCCAAUUGAACAACGUGAAAUCCCCCCUAGUGCUGUUAAGUUUAGCUUUGGUGAUACAGCAUCUCUUUUCUGUCUCCUCUUUCAGUUCCGAAUUUCCUUCUAUACAGACGAAAUUCGUGGUGUGAUGGUAUCAUAAUGGGACUGAUACUGUAAAAAAUUUUAUUUAAAGAAAAACAUAUAUAUGUAGUUAUUGUCACUCUCAA